AUGUCAGAACCCACCGACAUCAAAGGCCGUGACCGCAGCCCCAAGGCGCCGCGAAAGCCGUUCCCGCAGCGCUACACCGACGAGCCCGAUGUCGCGGGCUCGUCCUCGUCCGCCAUCCCGCUGCUCGACAACUAUGAGGACGAUCCGAGGGCGGACGACGACGAGGAGCUGCCUGGCUAUGUCGAGCACCUGGACGGCGACUAUGGGGAUGUUGCUCGGGUUGUGAACGGUGCUGGCGCUGCUGGUCCUGGUGCUGCUGGUCCUGGUUUUCCUGGUGCUGGCGCUGGCGCUGGCGGUGCUGGUGGGGAUAUUGGUGGUGGUGAUGGUCCUGAUGCCCCGCCGGACUUUGAGGAUUAUCGCCCGGUGGUCAAGAAGAUAAAGACAAGGCUUGGCAUGGGAGAUACGUUGGUGGUGUCUCACGACAAACACCUCAAUACUGAUGGGGAGGCGCUUUAUAGAUGGCUCUUGAAAGAGAGUCGUAAUCCGCCCAGCCCGGAAAUCCACAUACAAGGAUACCAUUCGGUCAGAAAGCGGAAUGGCGACAAGACCGAGACGUCCACGGUGACUGAUUUCAACUUCAAGAUUAAUCUGCGCUACCGCCUCGAGCAGGCCUAUUCAAACGGGAGACACUUUCCUCCGCUGAAGACAGUCCAUCCGACAAAGAGAACGAGUCGUGGUGGAAGAUGGAAGACAGUGGCUCCCGACCCGGAGGAAGCAAGAACGGUUCGUAGCUGGGCCGACCAGUACUGUGAGGAUAAAUCAACACUGAAAGAGUUCAUCAUGAAAAAGUCCUGUGUAGGCUGGGAUCUGGAAUGGCUGGGAAGCAACAUCGAGGCCCUGAUUCGCGCAACAAACUAUCGCGGCCGUAUCAGAGUAGACUUCCCCGUGUUCGAGGCCCGUGUAGAGAUUUUCCCCGCCAACCGUAUCUCGUUUAUGCGCAAGAACGAGUACUGGAGAUGGUUCUUCUACCUGACCUUUCUCUGGACGCUUGCAUGGCCCUAUCUGUGGUGCUUCACCAAGCGAUACCAUGUGGCGGAGACAGUGUGGAAUUAUCUCCAUGUUCGCCCAGGCAGCCGGGUAGCGCCCGUCACCGAGGCUGAAUGGCUCAAAUUGGGCUGGGGGGAAGCGAUCAAGCGCGCCGCAAAGGCCAGACGGACUGGUAGAGUAACCCAUCACGACCUCGAGGAGGUCUUGAACCGGGCCGCGGCCGGUCCGCAGGGGGAACUGGUGAGAACUCCAAAGACUGGAAAUCCCACUGUUGAUACUGCGUUGGGAUUUAUCGCGGGUGUGGGAGCUAUUGCCAAUGAUAUGCGGUUAUCAUCGAGUGAGAUUAUUGGUUGGGGCGCCGACGAAAACAGCGAGGAGGAGUAA